AUGGAAGGCUCAUCUUUAAGAGUUAGAAAAGGUGCAUGGACUGAAGAAGAAGACCUUCUUCUUAAGAAAUGUAUUGAGAAAUAUGGUGAAGGGAAAUGGCAUCAAGUGCCUGCUAGAGCUGGCUUGAAUCGUUGCCGGAAAAGCUGUAGACUGCGGUGGCUGAAUUAUUUGAAGCCUAAUAUCAAGAGAGGACAUUUUGCAGCAGAUGAAGUUGACCUCAUUAUUCGCCUCCAUAACCUCCUAGGUAAUAGAUGGUCACUGAUUGCUGGUAGACUGCCAGGAAGAACAGCAAACGAUGUGAAAAACUAUUGGAACACCCACUUGCUUAAAAAAAUUAUAGAUACGUCCGGUAAAAACUCAAAACCAAAAUCUUAUCAACCAAAUCCCAAUACCAAAAUUAUCAAGCCUCGGCCUCAUAUCUUAUCAAAGCACAGUUUUCUUAUAAGUUUGGAUGAGUACAAUAAUAACAAUAACAACAACCAUGCAGAAGCAAGUAACAACGUGGCAUUAGCUAACGACGGUAAUGACGACUAUGGGUAUUGUUUCCCGAAUGACCACGAUGAGAUGAUGUGGUGGGAAAAUAUGAUGAUAAAUGAAAAGGACGUUGAUGGCUAUCAGCUUCAGUGUUCAGCCAAUGAUUUUGAUCAAAGCGUGUUGGACCAACCUAUGAAUGAAGACAAUUAUGGCAGUAUUAUAGAUGAGGUUUUUCUUGAUGAGGAACUGUGGAAUGUGUUCAACCCAUAGCCAGAAAUAUAUGUUUGUUUGUUGUCAUUGAUGUAAUAAGUAGUAAGUG